AUGGCAGAUCAGCACAAGGUUUCCACUGCCAUUGUUGCUGAAUCCGAGGAAAGGUCCUUUGUGUUCAAGAUACAUGGAUACACAAGACUGAAGAAGCUGUUCAAGAACGGCGAGUGCGUGGCUUCUCCCCCUUUCAGCGCCGGAGGUGACAACUGGGUUCUCAAGUAUUACCCCAACGGCCGCUCAGCACCUCGUGCUGCUCUCAUAUUCCUACUUCUUCAUUCUGUUGAUGGCAAGAAUGUGAACACGGAAGCUAGAUCUGUUCGUGUACUUGGCAAGGAUGGCCUACCAGUAACACAAUACAUGGGUAACACGUCUCAGUCGACCUCUAUAGCUGAUCUGGAAUUUCUUCUUGGAUGUGUGUCCCGACCCAAAACCUCAUAUUUUGGUUACCAUAUCGAUCGGGUGAAAUUGGAGCAAUUAGGGUAUAUAAUAGAUGACUGCUUAAGCAUCAAGUGCGACCUCACUGUCAAGAAGGAUUUCCACAGCGAAGAAACAGUUGAAAAUCAGUUUGCUGCGGUCCCUCCAACCGACUUGCAUCUGCAUUACAGAGACCUCCUAGACAGCAUGGAUGGAGCAGACGUGGCCUUUCAUGUCGGCGGGGAGAAGUUCUUGGCUCAUAGGAUCGUGCUGGCUGCCAGGUCAUCCGUAUUCAAGGCGGAGCUCCUCGGCACAAUGAAGGAAAAAACCGACCGUCCUAUUGAAAUCGGCGACAUGGAACCUGAUGUGUUCAAGUCCUUGCUUCACUUCAUAUACACCGAUUCGCUGCCUGUUCUUGGGUUGGCAAGUAACCAAGGUGAAUCACGUCGAGAUGUGGUGAUGGCUGGCCAUCUGCUCGUGGCAGCAGACAGGUAUAACAUCAGCAGGCUUAAGUUGAUAUGCGAGCACAAGUUAUGCAGCCAUAUUGAUGCCAACAUGGUGGCGACCAAUUUGGCCUUAGCUGAGCAACAUAACUGCAGUGGACUCAAGGAAGCUUGUUUACAGUUCCUCACUUCUCCUUCCAAUUUGGAGGCGAUGAAGGCAAGUGAAGGCUACAAGCAUCUGAAAAUUAGUUGCCCGUCUGCUCUUAGGGAGCUGAUUGCUAGGCUCCUGCCAGUUGAUAUGAAAGCAGCCAAGGAAAUUAUCAUGGAGAUUUAG